GUAAUUUGGUCAUUGUAAUAUUAAAUACAAUUUUUUUGGAUGCGGCUGGUCCUUUUAAUAUUACAAGGAAUGUUAAAUCGAUGGAUCCCAAGAAAGAAACAAAUCCAAAUGUUAAUCAUUGAUUAUAAAUGUAAGAUUUUUGUUAUUCUUGGAAGCAUCUUUUAGUAAAUUAAACAAAAGAUUAGUUUAAUUGAAAUAGCAUUCUUUAAAAUCAGUUUGAUUACCAGACAGGCAGAGACCAAAAGCUAAACGUCAUGACUUCCUCUCUUCCUCCACCAAUCAUCUUCUUCACCGUCUUCUUCUUCGUCGUCCACUCUCUAUCCGCCGUCUCCGAUCUCCACGAAACCAGAUCACGUUUCAAACCUCCUCAGUUCUCUCCUCUCUUCUUCUCUUCUCCUCUCCAAAACGUCACAAAAUCCCCUACUCGCUACUUCGAGGUUCAAAAACCUCCCGUCCCAAAUCUGCCGACAGCUCAACCACCGUGUUCGUAUCGAAUUCUCCACCAUGACUUUGGCUACACCUAUGCUAAACCACCGGUUCUCUCCAAUUACACUCUUCCCUCUCACUGCUCCUCUCGAGAAUUCUCCAAAAUCGUCCUCGAAUUCAAAUCCACUAGCCAAGGACGACAAUUCGAUCGGAUAUUCGGUGUUUGGCUUGACGGUGUUAUGAUUCUCCGGAGCUGCACCGCCGAGCCUAGACCAAACGGAAUUGUUUGGUCUGUCGAGAAAGAUGUGACUAAGUAUCACUCUUUACUCGUCAAGAACGAGACUCAGCUUCUCUCUGUUUAUCUUGGUAAUAUUAUUGAUAAAACCUAUACUGGUGUUUACCAUGUUGAUGUGAUCUUCCAUUUCUAUCAACUCGAAAGUAAUCUUGAAGAUCCUUCUGGUUAUAGCUCUCCUCGAGCUGAUAUGAUCCUGCCGAUUUCGAGAAAUCUUCCGUUGAACGAUGGAUUGUGGUUUGAAAUUGUGAAUUCGAAUGAUUCUAAGUAUAAGGAAUUUGAAAUUCCUAGGAAUGUGUAUAGAGCUGUUCUUGAGGUUUAUGUUUCUUUCCAUGAGAAUGAUGAGUUUUGGUAUGGAAAUCUUCCUAAUGAUUUCGUUACUGCUAAUAAUCUCAGUGUUGCUGGUAACGGACCUUUUAGAGAAGUUGUGGUUAGUCUUGACGGUGAUAUUGCUGGUGCGGUUUGGCCUUUCCCUGUUGUCUUCACCGGUGGGAUCAAUCCUUUGCUCUGGAGACCAAUCACUGCUAUUGGCUCUUUUGAUUUGCCGAGUUAUGAUAUCGAGAUCACACCGUUCUUGGGAAGUUUGUUGGAUGGGAAGAGUCAUAAGGUGGGGUUUAGUGUGACAAAUGCGUUGAAUGUUUGGUAUAUCGAUGCGAAUUUGCAUCUUUGGUUGGAUCAAGAGAAGGAGAUAGUUGAAGGGAAGGUGUUGGAGUUCAGUAGAAGCUCUCUGGAGAUUAGCUCUGUCUCGGAUUUUAAAGGCUUGAAUGGAAACUUCACGACGAAAGCAAAGAGGUCGAUAACUUCGAUAGGGUUGGUCAAAUCCUCUCAUGGGGACAUCAUAACUAAUGCCAAUCAAGAAUUUAGCUACGAAAACAAUAUGGUUUUAGGUAAAGAUGGGAACUUGCAGAUCAUAGAUCAGUUGAUCCAAGCCGAUGAUCGUAUUCACGCCAAGAGAGCCUCGAGAGAGAUCUACUGCGCGAAAUCCAUCAAAAGCUUUCCCUUUUACCUCGACUCUGACUCAUUGGAGCAACAGAAUAACACUUCUCUGGAGAUUGCGAAUGUCAAGAUGGCAUUCAACGAGGAGAGAUCUGAGAGCGACAACGGGUUGAUGAGAACAUUCAAGAGCAAGCUUGAAAACAAGCAAGAAGGGCAAGGAGUAAUGGUAGUGAAGAAUAACUUAGUGGUCAAUGGAUAUGGAAGCACACAACAAGUGUAUAACUAUGUUGGAAGUGACCAAUGUUACUUCAGAAACAUCAGUAGCUCCAACUACACUAUUCUAUAUGACGAGCUUGAAACUGUUUGCAAGAAGAAAACACUGAAGCUGCCGCCAAGGCUCGAGCAUCUACCAAGACAACAACCCUUACUGGCUUGAUAUAUGACCAGACUCAGUUGCAAAAGAAACAUCACAAAUAAAAAUAAACAGUUUCUUCUGUUUUUUCCAUUUUUCAGACACUAUCUUCCUGGUCAACAAGGCCACAGUGAACCGGUAUCUAAAUUGUGUAAACUGUAAUAGAACCGGUUAUUAUCAGUGGUAAAUGAUUUAUCAAUCGAUAGAUUUUGAAUUCA